AUGUAUCCAUGGUUUAUGGAAUCAGUUUGGUCUAUUUUCAAACAAUUAUAUGAAAAAGGUUUUGUUUAUCGUGGUUUUAAAGUAAUGCCUUAUUCAAUGGGUUGUUGUACUCCAUUAUCAAAUUUUGAAGCUGGUCAAAACUAUAAAGAUGUUACUGAUCCAGCUGUUUGGGGAUCAUUUCCACUUCUUGAUGAUUCGACAGUUAAACUUAUUGCUUGGACAACAACACCAUGGACAUUACCAUUCAAUCUUGCACUUUGUCUUAAUCCAAAUUCAGUUUAUGUCAAAAUUCUUGAUAAAAUGAAAAAUGAAAUUUUUAUUGUAAUGGAAAAAUGCUUAUCUGAACUUUAUAAUAAACCUGACGGUUAUCAAAUACUAGAAAGUUUUAAAGGAUCUCAUUUGAAAGAAAUGCAUUAUGUACCAUUAUUCCCUUAUUUUACUAAUGUAAAAACAGCAUUUCGUGUAUUAUGUGAUGAUUAUGUAACAGAAAAUAAUGGUACAGGUGUUGUUCAUCAAGCUCCAUUUUUUGGAGAAGAUGAUUAUCGUGUUUGUGUUGCAAAUGGUGUUAUUAGUAAAGAUACAGGACCUGUAAUUUGUCCAAUUGAUGCUCAAUGUCGAUUUACUGAUGAAGUAAAAGAUUUUCAAGGACAAAAUGUUAAAGAUGCUGAAAAACUUAUUAUAAAGUAUUUAAAAGAAGCUAAAAGACUUGUUCAUCAAUCAGUAGUCAGGCAUUCAUAUCCAUUUUGUUCGAGAAGUGAUACACCAUUAAUUUAUCGUGCUGUUUCAUCUUGGUUUAUUCGUGUUGAAGAUAUGGUUGAUCGAUUAUUAGCUAAUAAUAGUAAAACAUAUUGGGUACCUAAUUCCAUUAAAGAAAAACGUUUUGCUAAUUGGCUUCGUGACACACAUGAUUGUGCUAUUUCACGAUAUCGUUAUUGGGGAAAUCCAAUUCCAUUAUGGAUUAGUGAUGAUGGACAUGAAAUUGUUUGUGUUGGUUCAAUGGAAGAAUUAAAACAAUUAUCUGGAGUUUCUGUUGAUGAUAUUCAUCGUGAAAUUGUUGAUGAAAUAACAAUUCCAUCACGAUUAGGUAAAGGUUUACUACGUCGAGUACCUGACGUAUUUUUGAUUGUUGUUAUUUCAACAGCAUUAUUUGAUCAACCACCAUUUAAAAAUUUAAUUGUUAAUGGAAUUGUUUCAGGAACUGAUGGAAAAAAAUUGGCAAAAAAAGAGAAAAAUUAUAUUGAUCCAACAAUAAUUUGUGAUAAAUAUGGUACUGAUGCGCUUCGACUUUUUUUAAUCACUUCACCUGUUGUACAUGGUGAAUCGCUUAAAUUUGAUGAAAAAGGUGUUCAAAAUAUUCUUAAAGAUGUAUUUUUACCUUGGUAUAAUGCAUUAUGCCUUCUUAUUCAAUCAUGUGAUCAAUUAAAAAUUGAUAAAAAAAUUAAUUUUAUUUAUGAUGAAAAAGGUUUAUAUUCAUCAAUGUCAUUAAAUAUUAAUGUUAUGGAUACAUGGAUUGUAUCUUAUACUCAAACAUUAAUUGAUUUUGUUAAACAAGAAAUGGAUGCUUAUCGUUUGUACACAGUAGUGCCUCGUCUUAUUAAAUAUAUUGAUGUCUUAACCAAUUGGGUGAAAACAAUAUUAGAAGAUUGUAUUUUUUCAUUAAAUGUUCUUUUUUAUAUUCUUUUAACAAUGGCUAAAUUAAUGGCACCAUUUACACCAUUUCUUGCUGAAUACAUGUAUCAAAUCUUAAGAAAAUUGACGUCACAAUCAACAUCAUCAUCUUCUGAACAAGAAUUAAGUGUUCAUUUUCAAAUGAUUCCAAAAUCAGAUCACUCAUUGGUAAAUAAAAAUAUUGAGCGUGCUAUAGUUGCUGUACAAACAGUUAUUGGAUUAGGUCGAGCUGUACGAGAACGAAAAAUAGUUCCUAUGAAAUAUUCAUUACCAGAAUUUGUUGUUAUUCAUAAAGAUCUGUCCGUAUUAAAAGAUAUUGAAUCAUUAGAACAUUUUAUUCGAGAAGGUUUAAAUGUACGUAAAGUAACAUUAUCGCAAGAUCGUGAACUUUAUGGUGUUGAAAUGCGUGCUGAAUCAAAUUAUUCAACAUUAGGCAAAAAAGCUGGUGUUAAAAUUGAAUCAAUAACUCAACAAAUUCGUGAAAUGUCUAAUUCAGAUAUUAAAAAAUUGUUAUCAAAUGGUCAAGAUGAAAGUCCAUUGACAAUAAUUGAUGAAGUACCAAUUGAAUCAGAAGAUGUUCAUAUUGUUUAUUAUAUAGCAAAACAAACACGAUUUGAAGCUACUGCUGAACAAGAAUUUGUUGUUUUACUUGAUUAUACAGCUGAUGGAUCAUUGAACAAUGAAGGUCUUAUUCAUGAAAUUACAAGUCGAGCUAAAUUAAAUCCAACUGAUGAUAUAACAAUUUAUUAUUCAGUAGAACCACAAACUAGUGAAAUAGCUCGUAUUGCAUCUGAACAACAAGAUGAAAUUGAAGCUAUUCUUAGAAAACCAUUUGUUUCAUUGAGCAAUUUAAUGAAUAGAGAUGAUAAUAAUGUAGUUAUAAGUGAAAGAUGCUGA